AUGAUAAAAAUAGUUAAUAUCAUAUUAUUAAUAGUAAUACAAUGUAUUUCACUUUAUACAUAUAAAUCAAAUGGUGGAUCAAUUACAUUUUCAACUUUAACAUCAAAGUAUGAAUUUUUUUUAGAUCCAAUGACCUAUUCUGAAGCUUUAAAAUUAACAGAUAAUACAAAAUCAUUGGUUACUUUUGAAAGUUUAGAAGAAUAUCAAAUUGUUACAAACAAAUCAGAAGUUUUUAGAAAAGGAAAACUUUGGAUUGGAGCAAUUCCUUUGGAUAAAUUGAAUGCUCUAUGGGGAUGGUCAUCUGGACCAAUUAAAAAUCAACCAUUUUAUUUAGAUUACCCACCAGCAUGUUUGUCAUUCUGUGCUAAUUUCACUGGAAACUAUGAUAGUAAUUGGCUGGUUGCUGAUUCAACAGGAUUCAAACCGGCUUUGGACACUGACGUAAACUAUGUAAUUCUUGAAUCUGGAAUGAAUGCUGCUACCGAUCCAACAUUUACUAUGUUAGAUACACAGUCAACAACGGUGGUUAUUAGCAAUAUUACUGUUGAUCCAGUUCCAUCAAUCAGAUUAAUUUCCGUUGCUAGUGGCGUCUCUGUCCAAUGUGAUACUCCGUAUAUCUCUUUGAUUUCCGUAACCUGCGUUCUACCACAAACGUUUGCAUCUUAUGUUGGACAAUUCUUUUUCGAGAUUAAUAGCCAAAAGAAUUAUUCUUUCUACUUUAAUCUUCCAGUGGUCACAUCAGUCUCUAUCAAUAGAGAUCAAAAGCAGAUACGUUUAUUCGGUCCCAAUUUGGAUUAUCUUUUGGUUUAUCCAGCAACAGGUAUAAAGAUUAACAACUAUCAAACAUUAUCCAUUAUAAAAAAUCAGUAUGGUUUGUUAAUUACUGUUAAUGAUGAUAUCAAACAAUUGCAAUCCAUUUUAUUUAAUAUUCCAUCAAUAGGAAUAUAUAAUCAACAAUUAAAUCCACCUAUAAUUGACCCAAAUUCAAAUUUAGUUUAUCAAUACUUAUCUACUAGUAUUAAUAAAACAUUUGCAGAAAUGUUGGUUUCAAGUCAGAAUAGUAUUUAUGGAAAUCUCAAGGUACACCCAUAUUAUAUAUGUUUGAAUAAUAUUUCUAUUUUGCAAUUUAUUCAAACAAAUUUAAUCAGUCAAGUACAAACUUGGGUUAUAGGAUCUUAUUUUGGAGAUUAUUUUUUGUACCCUGGUUACAACUUUACAUCACCUGUUCCAGUGGAUCUCUCGAAUGGACCCUACUUGGCAUUAAAUAACAACAGAGUUGAAGGUUAUCCACAAUCACAAAAGUUUCCACUCAUUAUUGUAUAUGGACUGAGAAAGGUAUCCAUUCUCGAAGCUACACUGACCGCUCCAAAUCUCAACUUUAAAAUGGGUAAUAUUUUGAACCCACCACAAUAUAAAUCUAUUGUUGUCACAUCACAAGGAAAAGAGUUGCAAUUUUCCUAUGCUGCACAGACCGGUAUGCUCACAGUUCAAAACGCUCCACUCACCAAACUAAUUACCAUCAAUUUGAUUUCAAUGUCUUCGUUUAAUAUCACCUCCACCUACCAGUACAAAUUGGUUCCAACCAUCGAUUCUGUUAGCUACGUUUCAAAUAUAUUGUAUAUCCAUGGAGCUAGUUUGUCUGGAGGUUCAAUAAUGAUCAAUGGAUUGCCAGAUGGUCAAGUUCUAACAAUGACGCCCAACCAGAUAACUUACUCUUUUAAUAAUGUACCCUAUGGUAUUUAUAAUUUUUCAGUUAUCAUUGGACCUGAUGCAUCCGAUUUCUUUGUUUGGGGAUCACCAGCUUUUAUCCUCUCUUCUUCUACACCGGUUUCGACAGAAGGUGGAGUAGUUCUUGCCAAUGGUCAAUUUUUCUCAACUGUUCAAGAUCCAUUUACUGUUAUACUCAUAUACAAUUUCAACCCCAAUGACAAUGUUACUUGUACCAAUGUCACAAAUUUGAGUGAUUCUCAAAUUUCUUUUGUAGUUCCACCAUUAAUAUACAAACUUUCCAACAAUAUUCAAUAUAAAUUCAGAAGAGCCGAUCAAGAUGGAUAUAUGGGUGUUUCUAUUAAAAGAAUUGAAAAUCCAACUUUUGUUCAAAACAAUAUUACUGUUGUAAUGAGUUCACCAGAUAUUGCACCAUACAAAAAUAGUUUGAAAAUAAUAAUGGGUAGUAAGCAAGUUUCACCAAAUAAUUUGGUUUGCUCAGAUACAUCAUGUUCAUUUUUAUUCCCAGAUUAUGAUUCAAAUGGAUUAUUUUCUUUAAUUUCUUCUCAAGGUUUUACUUUAUAUUCUGAAAAUAUAACUUGGGCACCUGUAAUAACAUCAUAUUCACCAAAGUAUAUGAUACCAAAUAAUGUAGUUUCUUUGUAUGGAUACAAUUUAAAUAAUAUUUCAGCAGCUUUAAAGUUUAACGGACAGUUAAUAAAUAUCAUUGGUGGAGGAACUGGACCAUCAUACAUUACAUUUAUUGCGACUCAGUUUUAUGGACCAGCAACUUUGGAAGUUUUAUCAACAACCGCAUCUGGUAUACUUUCUGGAGGUUACAACUAUUCAGGAACACCACCAUCUAUUAAAAACUCACAAUACAGUGUUAUUGCAGCUGAACCACCAACAGUAUCAAUGACACUCAACGGAAAGUAUUUUGGUAUUGUACGACCAAAAAUACAUGGAUUGUCCAAAGUUAUUGAUUCUUCAAUGCUUGACAUUUCCAGUUAUACAGAUACCAGUGUCCAACUUAAUUUACCAUUAGAUAGCAGAAGUGGACCGAUUACUAUGAAUUCAUAUGGUCUAGAUUCACAGGUUUUUCAAAUUCCAAUUCCACCAGUUGUUAUGAAUGUAUCAUCACCAUUAGUCGCAGGUGGAAUAAUAAACUUCCAAGGAUAUUAUCUUUCACCAAUUUCAUUCGAUGAACAACCAGUGCUCACAGUUUCGAUUGGAGGUGUUCAAUGCACUGAUUUGAAAUGGGAUGGUGUUAGUUAUAGUCCUUACACAAUUUCAUGCAAAGCACCACCAGGAUCAGGACAAGUAUCUGCUCAAUUCAAUUUCUUGGACAAAUCAAGCUCAACACUCUUUUCAUAUCAAGGACCAAUCAUUGAUAGUGUUACUUCAACCAUUUUCAAGAAAGCAGAUACCGUUACAAUCGAUGGAAAUAACUUUGCAGAUAACGCUCUAAUCGUAUUGAUUGGUGAAAAGAAUUGUACAAAUCCAAAAGUAAUCAGUCCAACAAGAUUAACUUGUUGGUUUGAAUCAAAUGUUGGAUCAAGCAAUUCAACACUUUCAGUUCAAGUAAAUGUCGCUCAUCUUUCAACAUCUGGAGAUAAAUUCAUUUAUAAACAAGUAAAUCAAUGUCCAACAUCAUGUGGUGAGAAUGGUCAAUGCAAUCCAACCACUGGUAAAUGCGAUUGUUUCAAAGAUUACUUUGGAUUUACAUGUUCAAACAAAAUAUCAGGAGUGUCGGAACCACCAAUUCUAAAUGAUAAUUCAACCGAUGUAACAUUGGUCACCAAUGAUAAAGUUGAAUUCAAAGUAAAUAUAACAGAAGUUAGAGAAUUGGAUUCGAUUGGAAAUAUUAAAAAGAGUUAUCUUUUCAAGAACUUGGAAUGGUCCAUCUUGGAAUCAGAUCAAUCACGAAACUUUAUUUCAUACCAAUCAACCAUCGAUAAAAUUGGAAAGAUCAUUGUUAAUACAACAGUUUAUCUCAAUGAAAGCACAUACAACUUUGCAGGUGAUAUCUUUUCAAUUCCAGCCAACUCUGUCAAAUAUAAAGUUCAAAUUUUGGAUUGGAAAUUUGAAGAAUUAACAAACUAUCUUCAAUUGUUAUUCCUUUCACAAGGUGAUAAUAGUCAACUCGGCGAUUGUCAAGAAACAACAAUCAACAAUCAAGUCAACGAUAAAGAUUCACUUCGAACAAUGGAAAUUCAUAUUGGUGGAUCGAUUCUCGAGAGUUAUUAUUCAGACAGAAUGAUUGUCGAUGGUAAAGUCACACACAGUCAAGUUUCAUUGUUGGAUUCCGAUGAUCCAUCUUCCAAACUUAUCAACCAAACAUAUCCAACGAAAUUGAAUGUUCUCACAGCAAUUUCAAUUCAACAAUUCACAGACAAUGCGAUUAUCGAUCCAAACUUUGGAUCACUUCUUGUUGAAUCCGAUGAAUGUGGCGAUUCAGAAAAGAAAUACAAGAUUCCGUUGAUCGUUGUUUUCUCUGUUGUUGGUGGAGUAGCAAUUGCAGUAGCUCUCGUCUUAUUGUAUAAAAAGAAAUUGGGAUAUAGGGCAAGGGAAAUUGGUUAUAAAUUGCGGAAAUUUAAUAAUUAA